AUGAUUACUUGCAGAAGUGUGGACCAUCUGAAACAACUGUCCCGCAGUCGAGAUCAGCGCCUACAAUCCACUUGUGCUCCGAGCCUCCGUUCUAACUUCUGGUCCAAGCAUUCGGUUCAGCUGGUGCCGAUUUUGAUUCCGAUCAAUACCAACGAGAUCCUCGACUGGCUCCGACUUUCGACUUCUUCCAGCAUCGUCGAUCGGAUUUUCCGCGGAGUGACAGGUAGACAGACUCUAGGUUCUAUUGGUUCUGAAUCCUGCCUCACUAUCCGUCAGGACUCAUCAGAUCUUUUUCGUCUUUCUUCUAGCAGCCGAAUCGGACGAGGUAAUUGGCCAGACGGUCGACCCAUGACAAGGGGCAGCCUCUCGCGGUUUUGUAUUCUAGGUUCAGAAAACCGCGCUCAGGUCGUUGAAGUUCAACUGCACUUGAUUGCAGUCGUCAUUGUGGUAUCGAUUCAGCCUCCAGACGUAUUCGAUCGGCUCCAGGCCUUCCAAAUUCAAUUUAAGAUUUUCAUUGGUUUGCUAAGCCAGCAAGUCAGAUCGAGUGAGGUGAUUGGCCAGGUCUUCAAGAGAUUGUCAAGCGAGUUGAGGCAGUCCUCUGGUUCACAGCCAUUGAUUGAUUCACACGGCAUGUUGAUGGAAGCUCCGAGCAGAGAACAAAAGGAAUCAGACAAGCUCACGCCGGACCCACAGUCAACACUCAAAUCACAACAGCAUCCUAUCCAAGCCGACAUGGACGAAUACGAACGUUUUGCGACUCUCCACGGUUAUCAAGAAAAUCAACAAGCCGAACAUUUCCAAGUAGUUUUGAAGGCCGUUGGUGUGGAAAGACUACAAAACUAUCAUGACGACCUGGAAGAGAUUCUGAGCAAGCUGAAGCCGCCCGAUACAAAGCAAGAAGACGUCAUAUCGCGAUGGGCAAAUUUUUUCCAAGGCUACAAACGCUCAUUUGCCAAGCUCAAGAAAAUUCUCAAUCUCACCGAUGCAGAUCAUGAGAAUCAAAUCGAACAACUUGUCGAGCUCGCUUACUUCAUUCGAUUCCCCUCCGAGAAAGAAAACUCUGGAAUGUCGCAAGAAGAGAUGCUUACCCGAAUCCAAACUCUUCACCUCACAGACCGCGAACGCUUUGGGAAGCUUCACUGCUUCGAGGGAGUUAUACUUGUCGAAUCGUUCUCAGUACUUUUCGAGGCUGUUGGAAUAAAAAAGCUACGAGUCUACCUUACGAAGCUGGAAAAUAUUGUUGAACUGAAGCCGCCUGACACAAAGCAUGAAGACGUCAUAUCGCAAUGGGCAAAAUUUUUCCAAGGUUACGAAGGCUCAUUCGCUAGGCUCAAGGAGAUUCUCAAGCUCACCGAUGCAGAUCAUGAGAGUCAAAUCAAGCAACUUGUCGAGCUUGCUCACUUCAUUCGAUUCCCCAUGGAGAAAGAACCCUCUGAAAGGUUGCUAGAAGAGAUGCUUACCAGAAUUCAGUCAGACAAAAAAUCCCGAAAAUCUCAACAGCAAUCUACUGCAUUCAAGCGCUUCGAGAAGCUCCAUGGCUAUGGGAAAGAUGAAGUUGCUGGCAAAUUCAUAGCGAUUGUGGAGGCUGCUGGAGUGGCAAGGCUACAAAAGUACCAUGAAGAGCUGCAAUCGUUGAUGCACUCAUUCAAUGAUGACCUAUCUGCUUGCCGGAUUUACUGGACAAGAUUUUACCAGGGAUGCAAAGACUCCUUCCCAGAACUCAAGAGAUGGCUCAAACUCACUGAUCAAGAUCACGAGGAUGAAAUCAGGAAAUUCUUCCAGCUCGCUUACUUCAGACGAUUUCCCACUCGGCAAGACUCCUCUGAAAUGUCGACAGACAAAAUUCUCCUUGCGCUCGGGCCUACAAAAUCUUCUCCCAAAACAACAAAUGACACUGUGGAACGGCUUGCGUGGGCAGCCGACAUUGUCCGGGAAGGUUUCGAGGCACCAUAUAGGGCGUACGAUUCUAUUGUCAUACCAACGCUAGCGACCCUCCACAAUUACGUAGUAGAAUGGAAGACCAAUCUAUAUAGGGCACCCUACACUUCAAUUGUUGGCGCGACGAUGUCUGGCAAAACUCGAUUAGUCAUUGAGUUGGCUAAACACGUGUGUGUAGUCUACAUCUGCCUCCGGCCUCCUAAAUCAACCGGCCAACCCCCUCGUUCCGAGCUUGCCAACUCAAUGCUCCCAGAUCAAGCAGUAAAGGUGGACUUGCAGGAACGCUAUGCGCGCCUUUUGACUGCAAUUUUUCGUGUCGUGGCCUCAUUCUUUUCCAAACCUGACAGGCAAGAUAAACUCAUCAAAGACCAAUUGGACGCAUGGAACAAGUACAGUCUCCAACUCGAUGACACCCCAGUUCAAUUUGCUUGUGAUGUGCAGGAAGAAAUGAAGAUGCUAGCCAAACAAUCGAAUUGGGAUAAUUCUGCCACCCGAAUACGUGUCCUCCAAGCCGCCGCAAAGAAGAUGAAUCAGAGCGUCCCCAGCACAAACCAAGAAGGAGUAGCACAGCUCAAAGUGCUAUUGGCCAUAGACGAGGCCAGAAACUUGGUUGAGCAGACAGACGACGAGGAAGUGUCGUACUUUCGCCUGUUUCGUCGGGUUUUAGCCGAGCUACCAAUCUCAGGAGGAUUCUUCAGCGUCUUCACCGAUACAACUUCGCGGCUGGCCAACUUUAGUCCGGCACUAGACGAUGACCCAAGUGCAAGGCCCGAUGGCCAUGGUGCAGAAUUAUUUGAGCCAAUCUAUCAAAUUCCAUCGCUUGACUUGUUUGUCCCGGCACUACCGAAAACUUGGCGUGAAUUGCUAUCGCCAGGUCGACUCCUGACUUAUGGCGGCCCAUUUUACGGAUUGUAUUAUGAACACGCAACCAAGAAGGGGGGUGCUAACCAGUUGGAAAACACGUUGUGCAUUGCUGGCCUAAAACUCCUGUGCCGAUCAAAGUUCCCGACUUCGAAGAUGUUGACCCAGUCACAAAUCUUUGCCCUACUGGGCUCAGUGAUACACACCCGACUGUACAACAAAUCAUCCAUACACACAGACCUUGUUUCAAGUCACGCAGCCCACUGCAUGUUCAUCGACCCAACUAGAGAGUUUAUUAUCAGCGAUUAUCCUUCUCAGUUCCCUUAUGCAUCAGCGGCCAGCGCUUUUCUUGCCCGCUCUCAUUGCAACUGGGAUCGAUGUAUCAAUGUUCUUGCUCUUGCAGUCCAAAAUGGUCUCCUUGCCAACGGAGAUGCCGGGGAAAUGGCCACCAGAUUAAUCUUGAUAUACGCUAUGCAGCAAACGAUAAUUCUGGAUUCCGGGAACGAAUUCACCAUCAAACAAGGACAUUCAGUCCGAUUGAGAGAUUUCCUCAACACGCUAACCGGAAAAAACCCCAAGGAGAUUCGGCUGGGCACCAAAAGUCCUGAGGGUCGUAAGAGACUUUUGGAUGAGGGGCGGAUCUUUUUCAACCACUUUACCCGGAUUGGAUACACGCCCAGUGCAAAAGAAUUGAUGGAGUUUUUGCAUGAAGGCUUAGCGGUCCAGUGUAAGCCUGGACAACAUGGACUUGAGGACCUCUUUACUAUCUAUCUCGCCCCGGAAUCUGAUCCAGAUCACGAGCUAGAUCAUAAAAACAUAACCUUUUGUGGCGUUCAAACCAAAAAUCAAGAGGGUAGUGUCAAGUGGAAAGAGAGUUGCAAUUGGUGCAAAAGCUUUGCCGGAAUUGAAGACGUCGACAAUCCCUACCUUAUUCUGUUAUUCAGCCUGAAGGCCAAAUCUCAAGAAAGCCCUGGACCAUGGAAGGAGCCUGACGACAAGGAUGACACUGGACGAGUUCAUUUUCAGUUUCUUGGUCUGGACGAGAUCGCUUGUCUCAGUGACAAAAUGCGCAUCGCCUUCCGGAAAUUGAUUACUGCAGUGCCUGAGGACUUGUCAAAGUUGCAUGAUCUUAGGAGUGUCCAUACUCGUGAUUGGAUUGGAAAUAUGACCCGUCAUUACCACAAGACCCUUCCUCUGGUUCCUUCACAAAAACCUGCUCAGAAAUCAAACAAACGAACCAGGUCGUCAGAUCACACAAACACACCUAAACAGAAAUCACCAAAGCGGAUCCGGACAAGCAAGGAACACCAACCAGUACAAAAUCAAGGCCAAGCCAUGCAAUCUGACCAACAACUGCAAAGUGAUAUGGCACCCAAGCAGAAGACUCAAUCCAGGAAACAAGUCCCAAACAAAUCUUCCAAACUGCGUAGGUCAACAAGCUGCCCACACACGUCUGUGCCUGACAAACCAAAAUAUUAA